GCAUAAUUCGAUAAACGAUAAAGCAAAUAAGAAAUUUUAUUGGUAUUCAAUUGUGUUUAUCGUGUGAUUUUCUUUAACGAGAUGACUUCAAGAUUGUGUUGUAGUCUCAUCUUCUUUUACUGCUAUUAUCAAGUGGUACAAAUAAACACCUUUUCUCUCCCUCUUGUUGUUAAUACAUGGGGACCACCAUUCUUUGAUGCACCAAAGAAAGGCACUAAUCUGCCUGCAAGCAAAACGCAAACAAGGCAAGAGUCAUCCAUGCAAAGUCAUUUAUUCACCACAUGGAGUGUUAUACAAAAUGGCCAAUCUUCCCUUGAUGCAGUCGAACAGGGUUGUAGUGUGUGUGAAAUUGAGCAAUGUGAUGGUACAGUAGGAUACGGAGGAAGUCCAGAUGAAAAUGGAGACACUACACUUGAUGCUAUGAUUAUGGAUGGUGAAACACAUGAUGUCGGUUCAGUUGGAUGCUUAAAAAACAUUCGUAGCGCAAUAUCUGUUGCACGGAGUGUCAUGGAGGAAAUAGUAGGUGAUGAUGCCACUCAGUUUGCCAAGCAGAUGGGAUUUAAAGAACAAAGUCUGCAGACAAAUAAGUCUCUAAAUAUUUGGAAAUCGUGGAAAAAGAAUAACUGCCAACCUAAUUUCUGGAAGAAUGUCCAACCAGAUCCAAAGGAGUCAUGUGGACCUUACAAACCAAUCAAACGCUUAAAAUGUGAUGAAGGAGAGGAAGACGAUUCAAUUGAUAAUAAUAAUCAUGACACAAUUGGAAUGAUUGUUAUUGACAAAUUUGGACGAAUAGCCGCCGGUACGACUACAAAUGGGUUGAAUCAUAAAAUUUCAGGUCGUGUUGGUGAUUCACCAAUAGCUGGUGCUGGAUCAUAUGCGGAUAAAGCGAUUGGCGGAGCAGCUGCUACUGGUGAUGGUGAUGUUAUGAUGCGAUUUUACCAACGUAAUAUCUUUAACAAAAUAAUGUGUUAUCAAGCAGUACAAAACAUGCGUAAUGGAAUGAGUCCAACAAAAGCAGCCGAGGAUGCAAUUUACCGAAUUGCAAAAUACUAUCCCAAUUUUUCGGGAGCAAUUGUUACAGCAAGUAUUGAUGGAAAAUUUGGUGCAGCUGCUCACAAGUGGACAUUCUUUAAAUACUCAGUUUGCAGUCCAAAUCUUAAUCCUAACUGUCAAUAUUUUUCUGUUCAACCUAUAUCUAAUGACACCAGAAAUAAAUAAAACUUUCUUCAUUCCUUAA